CUGGUAUUUAAACCGUGUCCCGUCAUCAACACGAAAUUCAAAUUUGAGGAGGAGACGACAGAGAAAGUCCAGUGCUGCCCCAGAGUAUUCCACGUUUUCUUGACCAGGUUGUGUGACAAAUUGGAUAAACAAAAAUGGCGCAGUUUGGGUUUGAGAACGACAUCCACAGUAUCUUGAAGCUGGACAUGCCCAUCACUAACGGUCCCAUGGCGAGGUGGCAGAGGAAGGCCAGCUCAUCAAGCGCAUCGUCCUUGAACGCGUUGUCGCCUGGCAAGUCUGCCGGUGUGUCCCUCGGCUCAUCAAAAACGCCGAGCAAAACGCCAGGCAAAAACAAAAAAUCCACACCCUCUAAGGUGGGGGGAGACCGCUAUAUUCCAACCAGAAACAGCAAACAAAUGGAUGUGGCAAGUUUCCUGCUGUCAAAGGAGAAUGAGCCUGUGGACACCAACAACGCAACUGGAACAUCAGAAAGCCAGAAAGCCUGGUCGAUAGCCCUAAAUGGAUACAACAUUGAAGACGCAAAGAUCCUGCACCUUGGAGGGAAACCAUUGAAUGCUCCUGAAGGUUAUCAAAACAACUUGAAAGUGCUCUACAGUCAAGGUGCAACUCCUGCCUCUGUCAAAAAGACAAGAUACAUAUCUUCUACUCCUGACAGAAUCUUGGAUGCUCCUGAGCUUCGAAAUGAUUUCUAUUUAAAUCUGCUUGACUGGAGCAGUCGCAAUAUUCUCGCAGUCGCGCUUCAUAACAGUGUUUACCUGUUGGAUGCCACCCAAGGAGACGUCACUCUUCUCAUGACGUUGGAGCGCGAGGAGGACUACAUCUGCUCCCUGUCCUGGACCAAAGAGGGAACCUACCUAGCUAUUGGCACCAGUGACUGCAAAAUUCAGUUGUGGGAUGUCUAUAACCAGAAGCGUCUACGCAGCAUGAACAGCCAUACAUCUAGAGUUGUUAGCCUCAGCUGGAAUGACCAUGUUCUCUCCAGCGGCUCGAGAUCAGGGCACAUUCACCAUCAUGAUGUGAGGGUGGCAGACCACCACAUCGCCACACUCACUGGUCACACACAGGAGGUGUGCGGGCUGCAGUGGUCCCCUGAUGGGCGAUACCUAGCCAGUGGCGGCAAUGACAACAUGGUGUAUGUAUGGCCCCGUGUGCAGGAGGGCAGCCAGCCAGUCCGCUCCUUGAGUGAACAUCAAGGAGCUGUAAAGGCUUUGGCCUGGUGUCCGUGGCAGCCAAACCUCCUCGCAUCAGGAGGUGGCACCAGUGACCGUCACAUCCGCAUCUGGAAUGUAAACAGUGGCUCCUGCAUCAGUUCACUUGACACUCAGUCCCAGGUCUCGUCACUGGUGUUUGCACCCAACUAUAAGGAGUUGGUCUCUGCCCAUGGAUAUGCCCACAACAAUGUAGUUAUCUGGAAGUACCCCGCCCUCACCAGGGUUGCAGAGCUCAAUGGCCACGAGGACAGAGUCCUCAGUUUGAUUCUGAGUCCCGACGCCUCGACUGUCGCGACUGUUGCUGGGGACGAGACUAUCCGUCUGUGGAAGAGCUUUGAGAUGGAUCCUGUAAAGAAGGCCAAAGAGGGGCUGGUCAAAUCAACUCGCGGUGCCAUUAGUCAGUCAAUCAGAUAAUUUGUCUCGUUUCGAGGAUUCUUUGGUCCAUGCUUAUGUUCAAAUGUUUUAUUUAAUCUACAAUAAAGAUAUCUACCCAGUAUUUUAGUUGACUGGAAACGUGCUGCUCAAA